AUGACUGCAUGGAAUCUGAUGGGAUUAUAUUCCGAUAAUCUGGGGAAAUAUCUCCGUUUGCCUUCAGGCUGCGGGGAGCAGAAUCUGGCGAAAUUCAGUCCAAUUAUUUAUAUCUUAAGAUAUUUAACAAUCACCGAACAACUGAUGCGAGACACAGAGAUCAGAGCCUUAGGCUUCCUCCAGAUAGGUUACCAACAACAGUUAUUAUUCUCUCACGACGAUGGUUCAUUCAGUGGAUACGGAAAGAAAGAUCCAGAGGGAAACACUUGGUUGACAGCUUUUGUGCUCAAAUCUUUCGCGCGAGCGAGACCUUACAUCUUCAUUGACGAGCGAGUCCUGACUCGAGGCUACAAGUGGUUACUCCAUCACCAGAACUCCACCACCGGUCACUUCCAGAAUGUGGGUAAGUUAUUCAACAACAACAUCAAGGGAGGUGUGAGUGGAACAGUUUCUCUCACGGCUUAUAUAACAGCAUCGCUGCUGGAGACAAAUAAUACUCUCCUCGAUAGGAUGAUAGAGAAGGCGUUGAAAUUUCUUCGCUCUGUGUAUGAGGAUGAAAAUGAUCCCUACACCAUCAGUCUCUUAUUUUACACCUUCUCCAUGUCCGGCGAUCAAACCGCUUCCUCCUAUCUCAAGAACCUCUUAAUGUCUUUAGCCAUCAAAGGAGAGGGUACGGUUCACUGGAAAGCUCACGGGGAGACUGAGAGCAGUGUUCCUGAGGCCGGAGACAUUGAGAUGACAUCGUAUGUGCUUUUGGGUUUCUUGAUGGAUCCGAGUCCCGGUAACUUGGGCUCCGCCUUCACCAUCGUCCAUUGGCUUAUCUCACAGAUAAACGCGUACGGAGGACACGGUGUUGGGGCUGCAGGCAGUGGGCUGUACCUGGAGCGGAGUCGGGGUGACGAGGGCCGGAGAGACAUCACCGUAACAUCUCCGGGAGGAGAAAAAUUCAAUUUUCUCGUUCACCCCGAAAAUCGCCUGAUUCUACACCAAGAAAUGAUCCCAGAAACAACAGGGACCGUGAACGUGGAAAUAAAGGGGUUCGGCUGCGUGUUUGUCCAGUUUGUGGUCAAAUACAACAUCGAAACCGAGAAACAAGAGAAGAAGUUCCGGCUCCAGAUUUCAGCGAAAUGUCACCGGGAAAAAGAUCUUCAAAUAGACUUUACCAUAAAGUCCGUUGGUACUGGGAAUGAAACUGCUCUGAUGUCAAUCCUCGAUGUUACAUUGAUCUCAAGUCACUUUCCAGAGGAAACCUCACUCGAAAAGUUACUUCACCUCCCUUUUGUGGAUAAAUAUGAAGUUGUCGAGAGUCACUUAAUCAUCUACCUGAGCCACGUCUCAGCAGUUGGAGUUUCAGGAAGUUUUAUUUUGGAGAAAUCUUUCGAGGUCGAAAAUGUUCGUCCGGGAAAAGUGAAGAUUUAUGAGUAUUACGAACCCGACCGAUUUGCAACAGAUGUUUAUACAGAUACGUGUGUCCGGGAAUUUGGCAACAAAUAUCGAUCAAAGCUGAAAGUUACAGUUAACCAGACAGAAAUUGCUCGUGUUGUCAAAUCCAGUCCAUAUAGCAGCCGACAAACAUGA